GAGCCCCGAAAAACGCUGGCGGUCGGGUUGCCGUAGCCUCCUUUCCUCGGCGAGCACUGCUAGAAUCCGCACUCCGAACGCAGUCGCCUCUUUUGUUGACGCGUGGUUCUCCUUCGUGCUGCCGUGAGAAUCCGGCACGGGUGAACGGCCCGAUUCACCGCCGUGCUCGCGGUAUGGAAGCGGCAGCGCGGCGUCGGGUUGGCGAAGGCUUGGGCAGAAGUGAUUGGAUGGAUGAAAGUUUUCCGGAGCACUGAGUUGCUGAAAUGUUUUGCUGUUUGAGAGUUGUGAGAAGGUUAUGUCUGGAGAAGAUAUUGCUACAAUGCAUUAUCCAGUCAAGAACUUUGUCAGGAGCUGAUGCCAUCCAUGCUCUCAAACCUUUCUACUUUGCUGUGCAUCCAGAUUUCUUUGGCCAGCAUCCCAAAGAGAGGGCAGUAAAUGAAAACUCUCUGAAGAGGUUAAAUGGCUACUUGGAGAAUCUACAGAAACCAGGAUUUCAGUCCUUUAAGCCAACUCAGCUUACCUUUUAUGUAAGAGAAAGAGAACCAAACUCUUCUAAUGUUCAAGAAUCCUUCAGUACUUCAGGGUUUCGAGCCGUCAGUUUUACUUUACACACACGAGAUCUCCUGAGCACAGUAUUGGAUAUUCUCAACUCCUGCAGUUUAUCUACAGAGCAUAUUCAGAGUUUGAGUGUGAACUCUCAGCCCCAUAAGGAGGCGAAAAGGACGCCGAACAGACCUAUCAAAUGGGAUAAGACUUACUAUUCAUUUACUGGAUUCAAGGAUCCUGAGGAAGAACUUGACCAAGCCCAAAGAGUGGAAACAACUUUAAUAUCCUGGUUGGAUGGUAAUGAAGCGAGUGCAGUUGUAAAGCUGAAGAAGAGUUUGCCACUUAGGGAAGAACUAGAACGUUUAAAGUUUGAGCUCUCUCACCAACUCCAGCUCUCAGAUAUCAGGUGGCAGAGAAGCUGGGGUAUUGCUCAUCGCUGUAGCCAGCUGCACAGUCUAGGUCGCUUAGUCCAACAGAGACCUGAAGUAUUAAAGAAUGUCAAAGGACGCACGGUGGUUUUCACAGAGCGCUCAGGUAUGAGUGCAGCAGGCCACAUAAUGCUGGGGACCAUGGAUGUUCACCAUCACUGGACCAAAAUUUUUGAGAGAUUGCCAAAUUAUUAUAAACUUCAGGAGAGGCUGCUGUUCUUGGAAGAUCGGAUAAGCCAACUUCUGGGAGGCAUACAAGUAAUAUAUAUAGAAGAGCUGCAACCUCUCUUGACUUUGGAAGAGUACUAUGACACUCUGGAUUCUUUCUAUAACAAACUACUUGACAGUCGACUGCCUUUUCAUCCACAGAGUCUGAGAGGCUUGCAAAUGAUUCUAGAAAGUGAUAGAUACACGCCAAGCUUACAUGAAUUUGGACACUUUACCAUCCCUACAGUCUGUGAUCCAGCAACCCUUCGAUGGUUUAUUAUUGCCAAAGCACAGGAAGCAAGAGAGAAUCUGAAAAGAAGGGAAGACUUAUGUUUUGUGGCUCCAGUGUAUCCUGUGGCAGCAAACUGUGCAGUUGGAUUAUGUUUGCCGUGCACGUUAAGGAGGAAUGAGGUAUCCUUUGUUUUAUAAACCUGCAGCCUGAUUAUUUCUUUUGGCACUCUUGUUCUUCUUCCAUAGGUAACAUAAAAAAGUUAUUCUGUAUUUAUCACCUUUUCCUUUUGGUGUAUGUGUGGAUAUGUGAUAUUUCUCUGUUGUUAACAUCUUACUGAGUCUGAAAAUUCCUAUUCCAUUUAUUCCUUCCUUGAACAGAAUUCAUUCUGUACUUCUCAACAUUUUCCUAACCCUCUUUGUUGUUGUUAAAGGGAAUCUGAGAGAAAGGAAAGUAGCUGGGCUUCUGUAUGGUUUGCUAUGCUGGAGAAUUUGGAUAUUACUCUUCUACAAAAUUGUGUUACCUACAUGAAUAAUGAUGUCAGUUGUAACACAGGAUUUAAUAUGAAUUUACUUCACUUUUGUGUAGUGUCUGUUUUAUAUUGUGUUUUAUUGACAUCUAAGCAUCUUCGAGGAAGCAACUAAAAAUAAGCCUGUGUUUCUCACUGUGUGCAGCUAAUUUGAUAUCCUUAAGGGAGCUUGAGGCUUCACUGAAGGGGAGAUCUUGGCUCACAGGUGUCAGAGAGUGUGCAGUGCUGUGCAAAUGCAAGCAGCUCCUGCACUCACCUCAGCUGAAGAGUUGAGCCCCUUCAGCAGACAUUCAGUGCGGGUCUCAGUAGCUGUGACCAUACUUAGUUUUGGGCUCUUCUCACAGUAGUGCUCAUUAGAUGAGAGGUAGCACCAGCUCUGGAAUCUGGUGAUACAGAGUCAUCCCACCUCUGAUGCUGCAGAUGCUGUCAGACCAAGCUGAAUCCAAGCUGACCUAACAGCAGCACUAUGCUCCAGUCCCUCUGCAUUUCGAGGUCUGGUCCAGUCCAGAGCCAGCAGGAGAUGUGGGAGUCUGUAAACUCAGUGUGUAGCAGUUUUCUGAUCACCAGCUGACUCUAGAAGAGGUGUAGCUGUGUUAAUGUGGCACAGUGCCUGAGCUACAGUCUUUCUGAAUCUUCACUGUAUUCAGAUCAUACGAUCCACAGUUUCAGACACUCUUGAUUCUGCAGAUUAACUUUUUUCUGAGUAGCCUGAAUGUCUGGGGUGAAUUUAAAAAAGAGCAAACAUCUGUAAGCUGUUGUUUCACUACCCUGUAUGCUUCCUGCAAUUAGUAAGUUAGUAAUGCAUGUAAGAUGAUUGUAUCUGUCAUCCAUUGUUUUUUUUUUAAGACGUGCAGAGAUCAUUGGUCUUGGUUGAGAAGGCAGGGUAGUUACUAAUAUGAUUUUACUCUUGAAGCUUGUACUUUCAUGGUUUUUAACUUCUGUCUCAUAUUAAAAAUGGAGCCUCUGUGGAUUCUUCUUCUUGGUAUUUCUCUGACUACCUGGUUGGUUUAAAAAAAAAAAAAGAUUUUGAAGGCUUUGAAGUGUGUGGGCACGCUGCUGUGCAGUCCUGGAAGCACGUGUAGUCCAGCUUUUUUCUUAAGUUCAAUACUUGCAGAAGUUCUAAUUUUGUCUGUGUACC